GCUUGUCUUUCCUUCAUGUUUUGUAGACUUGCGCGUGAUUUGCUUGCCGUCUUCGUCUCAUGACAGCGUCCUGUACAGCUCAACUGAAAGCUCGACAGCGCGCAAAGGUACAUCAACUCGUUACCAUCCCGCCUACGCUUCCCGAACUGCAGCAUUCUUCCCUUGCACAGGCAAACAAGCCAGUCGACUAGUUUCGAAAGCUAUAGCUAUCUAUUCAGUGCGAAGAACGUCUCAGGGACUGCACCAGAAGCAUGUUUUCUCAGAAAAAACCAUACUCGGCCGUGACGGUCACGGUCGAGCGCCUCACUAGCGAGCAGUACGAAGAAGACGACCUCAGCGGCAUCCCUGACCUCGUCGAGGUCAUCAAGCUGCAAGCUACUGGACCAGCAGAGGCCGCGCGAGCGUUGCGAAAGAAGCUCAAGUAUGGAAAUGUCCAUCGCCAGAUCAGAUCGCUUGUUCUCCUGGACGGUCUCAUUCAGAAUGCCGGUCCGCGGUUCCAGCGCACCUUCAUUGACGAGCCCCUGCUCGAGCGCCUCCGUGUAUGCGGUACUUCUGGCUUGUCCGACCCAGACGUGCGGAAGAAAUGCUCCGAGCUCUUCAGAAGCUGGGCCGUCGAGUACAAGAGCACUCCUGGCCUCGAAAGAAUUGCGGUUCUUUACAAGGAACUCCCUAGACGCAAACAAGUCGUGACGCAAGACAAAUCCAAGGUCCUGCGCGAGACUGAACAGAACCCCUUCCACGAUUCCGAAGAUGAAGCCGAGCAGCGUCGAGCCCAGGCUGCGACCCAGCCUCGAUCACAAGCAUCCACCUCACGGCCACCUGCCAGCGCCGCGCCUGCUCCAACAGGCCAUGCACGAACCCAAUCCGCGUCAAGCUCGUCCUUCUUCUCGAGCUCGAAAGAUAAGAAAAAGAAGGACAAGAACGGAAAGAGUUCAAGACGCCCGUUCAACCUCGAAGCGGAGAAGGAGGCCAUGAAGGUGUCUAUCGCGGAGUCAUCAAUCGCCGCGACCAAUUUGACGAACGCGCUACAAAGUAUCAACCGUGAACGAGAACGGAUUUCUGACAACGCGACUGCGGUCGAGCGGUUUGAAGCCUGCAAGCUGCUGCGCCGCAAAAUCCUUCGUUAUGUGCAUCAUGUGGAGGACGAGCAGUGGCUUGGAGGUCUCCUGCAUGCCAACGACGAGCUUGUCCAGGCCUUGAUGACUUACGAGCAGCUCGACCGAUCUAUUGACGCAGAUAGCGACUCUGAGGAUGAGCUUGCAGAGCAGGCUCACCUGUACCGGAUGGCCACUGAGAAGGGCAAGGCCCUUCUCGCAGCUCAAGGCACUCCGAUUGUUGACGAUACUCCCGAUGUGUCGGAGCUGAGCAUUGCGCCUCCACCCCAGCCCCCGCGACCGUCGGCGCCUCCAAGGCCCUCGGCUGCAUCUAAGCCCUCCUCCGAGAAACGGCCGCCACCUGUUCGGCCACCAGUGCAAGAUGACUCGGAGGAUGAGGACGAGAACGAUCCAUUUGCAGACAGGAACGAGGUGGAGACACCCGCAUUGGAGAGAGGAGAACCUCGAUGGUAGGUCCAUUCUGGGGGUGUUACUGGAACAUGUUUGUCCCUUCUUGAUAUACCGCGCAUAGCGUGUGUCAGCAAUUUACUUUUGUGUGCUUGAGAUACCAUGAACAAAUAAUGCUGCAAGAUCCCAGCACAGAAUCCAGCCGGUGUUGGAACGUCUGAGUAUUCAAGGCUGAAAGCAGAAUAUAUCGUGCCGACAAGGCAUCAUUUGAGAGGCUCCCCGGGAAUGCGACCCGUUUGUUCGUCCUCGUCUACAUGUGCUGUGUCGCCAAGGUCAAAUCCGCCUUGUGUAGGCGCUCC